AGUGUAAAUUUAGACAAUACAAUCUUCCUCGCCUGCUUCAGUCUUCUCACUACUACUACUACUACUACUACUACUACUACUACUACUACUACUACUACUACUACUACUACUACUACUACCACUACUACUAAUACUACUACUACUACUACUACCACUACUACUACUACUACUCACACUACUACUACUACUACUAAUAAUACUACUACUACUACUACUACUACCACUACUACUACUACUACUACUACUACUACUACCACUACUACUACCACUACUACUAAUACUACUACUACUACCACUACUACUAAUACUACUACUACUACUACUACUACUACUACUCACACUACUACUACUACUACUAAUACUACUACUACUACUACUACUACUACCACUACUACUAAUACUACUACUACUACUACUACUACUACUACUACUCACACUACUACUACUACUACUAAUACUACUACUACUACUACUACUACUACCACUACUACUACUACUACUACUACUACCACUACUACUACUACUACUACUACUACUACUACUACUACUCACACUACUACUACUACUACUAAUACUACUACUACUACUACUACUACUACUACCACUACUACUACUACUCACACUACUACUACUACUACUACUACCACUACUACUACUACUACUCACACUACUACUACUACUACUAAUACUACUACUACUACUACUACUACUACCACUACUACUAAUACUACUACUACUACUACUACUACUACUCACACUACUACUACUACUACUAAUACUACUACUGUGGUGCUGUGUUGCGAACUACUUAUAAGUAGUAUAUAGCGUGAGUGUCAACGUAAAGUCUGGUAGCAUAAUAUGAGGGGAAGAUCAAGAAAGGAAGAGUCAGAAAACAAUGGAAUUUGUUUGAAACGCAUGAAGAGUGACAAUGGAUUGAUGUUUGGCAACAGGAACAGUCCAGUUCCAUAGGAUGAACUGAUCCUUUGCAAAUGAACGAUUUACGAUAUGGUUUUCCGAUUUUACUGAGUAACUCUGUAAUUUUCGUUAAAUACAAUUCGGUUGCCUCCACCUGUGUUCUCAUUCACUACACUACUACUACUA